UUUCUAAUCUCUGGGUCGUUAUAAUGCUAAUUAAUUAGCUGAGUUCGUGCAGGGCGCAAGUUUUUGAGCCAGCUUGAUUUUGAUUGUUACCGGCAUGACAAGUAGGUCAAAAUAACGGUCAUCUUAGAGACUUUUGGUCUCCACGAUGUUUGUGGCGAUAUUAAAUCAGUUUAAUUCUCACGACCAGAUUAAGCUGACCUGGACAGGACUAAAAUUCGUUUUUUUGACACAAGCCAGACAUGAGCCUCCAGGUGUGUCACUGUGGCUGGUCCAAAGUGACGACUUACCAUGGCCUGAGAACUCACCAGGGGAAGAUGGGAUGCACAAAGAGGGGUGUGAAGGUUGAGAGUGAACAGCAGUACAUGUGGGGAAAUGUGGGGUUUACAAACAAUCAAAAGGACCUGCGUCUGGAUGUCUACGCCUCUAUCAAGACUGAUACAACAGACUACAUCUGUUCCGACUUGAGCCUCCAGGUUUGUCACUGUGGCUGGUCCAAAGUGACGACUUACCAUGGCCUGAGAACUCACCAGGGGAAGAUGGGAUGCACAAAGAGGGGUGUGAAGGUUGAGAAGAGUGAACAGCAGUACAUGUGGGGAAAUGUGGGGUUUACAAACAAUCAAAAGGACCUGCGUCUGGAUGUCUACGCCUCUAUCAAGACUGAUACAACAGACUACAUCUGUUCCGACAUGAGCCUCCAGGUUUGUCACUGUGGCUGGUCCAAAGUGACGACUUACCAUGGCCUGAGAACUCACCAGGGGAAGAUGGGAUGCACAAAGAGGGGUGUGAAGGUUGAGAGUGAACAGCAGUACAUGUGGGGAAAUGUGGGGUUUACAAACAAUCAAAAGGACCUGCGUCUGGAUGUCUACGCCUCUAUCAAGACUGAUACAACAGACUACAUCUGUUCCGACUUGAGCCUCCAGGUUUGUCACUGUGGCUGGUCCAAAGUGACGACUUACCAUGGCCUGAGAACUCACCAGGGGAAGAUGGGAUGCACAAAGAGGGGUGUGAAGGUUGAGAAGAGUGAACAGCAGUACAUGUGGGGAAAUGUGGGGUUUACAAACAAUCAAAAGGACCUGCGUCUGGAUGUCUACGCCUCUAUCAAGACUGAUACAACAGACUACAUCUGUUCCGACAUGAGCCUCCAGGUUUGUCACUGUGGCUGGUCCAAAGUGACGACUUACCAUGGCCUGAGAACUCACCAGGGGAAGAUGGGAUGCACAAAGAGGGGUGUGAAGGUUGAGAAGAGUGAACAGCAGUACAUGUGGGGAAAUGUGGGGUUUACAAACAAUCAAAAGGACCUGCGUCUGGAUGUCUACGCCUCUAUCAAGACUGAUACAACAGACUACAUCUGUUCCGACUUGAGCCUCCAGGUUUGUCACUGUGGCUGGUCCAAAGUGACGACUUACCAUGGCCUGAGAACUCACCAGGGGAAGAUGGGAUGCACACCGAAGGCAGCAAGUACCCCAAAGAAAGAGCAGUACGUGUGGACAAAUGAGUGGGAAGAAGUGGAUGAAAGGAAACAUCAGCCUGCUAAGAGAAUGACUGUCAAGAAGGAGAAUGUGGCGACGUCCUCAAGCAUCAAAGUCUGCAGCAGCUCUGCGGCAAUAGCAGCUGCAAUUAAGGUGGAAUGCAAAGAACCCACAAAAUCAAAGUCACGCCGUCAGCUGUAUGAUUUCUCCGCUGGUAUGCAGGAUGUGCUAGUGUCACCAAGCUGCAACUCUGUAGCCACAAUCAAGGAGGAGCCCAAAUCACCUUUAGCAAUUCCGCAGCAGCCUUUCCGGAAAGACACAAACUCAAGAGCAAGCCAUCAGCUGCAGGAUUUCUCUGCUGGUGUGCAGGUGAAUCAAUCUAGCAGGGAGCGUCCAACAGCUCCCCCUCGUGCACCAGUAGGUCAUCUUAAGGAGCAGGACAGACAGGAUCACACAUUAUCAGAGAUGAAUAGAUCGGUCAGGGAGCAUCCCACACCAACAUACCCAGUAACUGUAGUUCGACCUAAGGAGAAAGACAGGAAGCAACAAACACCAUCACAGGUGAAGAAGUUGGUCAGGGAGUGUCCAGCAACCACAUCUCCAGCAGCCGUAGUCAAACCGAAGAAAAUAUACAGGGAGGAUCAAACAUUAUCACAGGCAAGGCAAGAGAGACUUAAAUCUGAAUUACAGCAGACAAUUAAGGAGAGAGGGGAAAACAUGAGUGAAAUCAGACCGGCAGAGAGAGCCCGCGAGAGUGUCCCAGAUUCAGCUAGUACCAACACCCAAACAAAUUCUGCAGCAGCAGAGGCCACAACAAAGGAGGAUCAGAAAUCAUUGUGUAAAACUACACAUCCUGAUUUCUCCACAGGCAUGAAGGUGAGGGAACUGGUCAUGACGUUUUCAGCUACCACAACACAGGAAACAGCAGUUCGACAGAAGAGGAAAUGCAGAGAGGUGACGCAUUUAGCCCAGAAGCUUUCAGCUACCACAACACAGGAAACAAUAAAGGAGCAAAAACCAUCACAGAAUGUGCGAGAAAGUGCUGCCAUCCAAGUGAAUCCCGCAUCAGCAGAAGCCAUAGCUGAGGAGGAUCCCACAUCAUCGUCUGAAACUGCACAGCUCUCAAAUUUCUCCACUCGUGUGAAGGUGAAGGAAUUGGCCUGGAUGUUUUCAACUAACACAACCCAGAAUACAGCAGUCCGACCCAAGGGGAAACACCAAGAGGAACAAAAGGUGAAGCGUUUAACCCAAACACUUUCAGCUACCACAGCCCAGGAAGGAGCAGUCCACCCAAAGGAGCAAGAGUGGGAGGAUAAAAACCUAUCACAGGGCAGCUUGAACGCUGAGUGGCUGGAGAUCAACGGUGUGCUCUCAGAGGUGGUGAGAGUUGUAGAGGAUGCUAAGCAGAAGUCUGCAGACCUUUCAUUUUCCAUCCGUACUUUCAGAGCAACAUCAAGCAUGAUGGAACAAAUUCGCCAGAAACUGGAAGAACUUGCAUCUAUUGAACUGAAAUGGAUUUCCAAGUUUGCAGUGGAUGUCAAGCUGGAUCCAACCACCGCAAACCGAUGCCUUGUUGCUGCUGAUGGGAAAAAAGUGAGUAGUGGAGGAGAAAAACAGGAAGCUCCAGAUGCUCCAGGGAGGUCUGGAAGCGUCCUGGGGCUCAACAGGUUGACCUCUGGGAAGUCAUACUGGGAGGCUGUUGUCAGCAAGAAUACCAGAUGGGAUCUGGGUGUGGCAAAGCGUGAUGCCAACCGCAAGGAGAAACUCUUGCUGAACCCAGGCAAUGGUUACUGGGUUAUUGCACAUUAUGAAGAUGAAAAGUACGCAGCCCUGACAGCACCACCAGUUCGUCUUUCCCUGAAAGAGAAACCUGCGAAGGUGGGAGUGUUUGUGGACUACGAGGAAGGUCUUGUGUCCUUCUACGAUGUGACGGCUCAAUCUCACAUCUACUCGUUUACUGAUUGUUCAUUCACUGGAGAGAUCUACCCUUAUUUCAGUUUGCACCUUGUAGAUGGUGAAAGAGCUGAUCCUCUGAUUCUCUCAACUGUGAAACACCAGUAAUUAUGUUUAAUCAUUUUUAUAUGGGUGUGUGUGUGUGUGUGUGUGCAGCCACCUUAAUGUUGGUGUUUAAUGGUUAAUGGUUUUUGUUAAAGCUUUGUUUGUUAAAGGGGACACAUGGGAGGUCUUUUUUAUUUCUUAUGUCUUUAAGUUAACAUUGGAUCCUACAUUUCCCAUAAUGCACCUGACAAAGCAGCCCCCAAGAGCGAUAGAAGAUAUUAUACAUUAACAGGGUGAAUAUUCCUUUCAGUGAGCAAACUGAACUUAAUGUAUUUUUUUUAUGGUUUUGACUGAUGUAAUAAUAUACAAACAUAAGUUUUAUCAGCAAUGUAUUUCAAUGUGUACCAGAUUUAUUAUAGCUAGUCUCCCUAGAGUCCACAGGAGAGUGACUAAAACUUGUGUGUAGCAGUGUGGGGUUACAGAAGAUAGAUAAUACAUAACUUGCUUGCAUUUUCUUUUUUUUCUUAAAAACAAAAAAACAGAAGCAGAUUAUUCAAAGUGAGACUGUAGAGGAGCAUUGUGUUCCUCUUAUAUAUAAAAAACGUUGAAUACGCAAGCAGUAAUACACACUGUUGCUCAAUACAUUCAGAGGUUUUCAUCUUUGUUUGCUCUGAGCAGUAGCUGCUGUUACACAAACGUUACAUAGACCUAACAAUGUGUCUCAAAGUGUUUUUAUUACAUGUUUUGAUGUACAAAUGGGUGGAUAGUGAUUAAAAAAAGGGCAAAGUCA